AUGUCUUCAUUUAGUGAUGUUUUCUUCGGUGGUGAAGGUGAUGAGUGUGCAACCACUAAUGAUUAUAAUGGUGAACAUUGGAAUGCUAGAAUUUCUACUGUUCCAGUUCUUUUAGUCACCUCAUUGUUUGGUGCUGUUUUCCCUGUUAUGUCAGCAAAUACCAAACAUUCAUGGAUUAAAAUGCCAGAUUGGUGUUUCUUCUACUGUAAAUAUUUCGGGUCUGGUGUUAUUUUAGCAACAACCUUUAUUCAUCUUUUAGAUCCAGGUAUUGCAUGUCUUGCCGAUGAAUGUUUAGGUGGUGUUUGGAAUGAAUAUCCAAUGGGUUUAGCCGUUUCUUUAAUUUCAUUAUGUAUUAUUUUCCUUGUUGAAAUUUUGAUUUAUUACUUCCUUAAAGCCCACAAUAAGGCUCUUAAUGAAUUUGAACAUGAUGCUGAAGCUAGUAGUGAUUACAAAACCGAUGCUAUUCAAAAAAUUGAUUCUAAGACUUCUCUUGAAAAACAAUUAGGUAAAAUGGGACACAAUCAUGGUGGUGAAGUUGGUGCUACUACUGUUGAUGAAAAAACUCUUUAUUCAGGUCAAUUAGUUACCAUCUUUGUUUUAGAAUUCGGUAUUAUUUUCCACUCUGUCUUUGUCGGUCUUUCGUUAACUACCUCUGGUGAUGAAUUUACAACUUUAUACGUUGUUAUUGUUUUCCAUCAAUUCUUUGAAGGUUUAGGUUUAGGUGCCAGAAUUGCAUGUACUAAAUGGCCAGAAAACAGAAAGUUAACUCCAUAUUUAUUAGCUGUUGCUUAUGGUUUAACCACCCCAAUCUCUGCUUCUAUCGGUCUUGGUGUUAGAAAAUCAUAUGUCCCAGGUUCAAGAACUGCUUUGAUUGUUACUGGUAUGUGCGAUUCCAUGUCAGCCGGUGUUUUAUUAUAUUCAUCAUUGGUUGAAUUAAUGGCCCAAGAAUUCUUGUAUUCAAACGAGUUUGAUGAUUCUGUUCCAGGUAAGAGAGAUGGUUUAAAGAAAUUAAUCGGUGCCUACAUCUUAUUUAUUACAGGUGCUGCUCUUAUGGCUUGUUUAGGUAAAUGGGCUUAA